CACCUUUCCGGGGCUUGCGCAGUUAUAUUCUUCUGAAGCAAGAUCUAUGAAGUGGAUAUGCCACAGGUGAACCUGUUAGAGUCUAUCAUGCCUUUGUUGAAAGUAGAUUUGCAGCUGGCUAUUAGAGAGAAAAGGGGAGAAACAGACGUGCGACGUGCGUGUGAAAAAGACGCGAGACAUCAAACAAUAAAAAGCUUCUAAAUCACUUAAUCGACAUUACAAGUUCUUCAACGGCGAUCGUAAUUCAUAUAAUUAACAAUCAACGGAACGCGUACAAUGCUGACAGGAGUGAUCGACGGUACUCAGUUGUGUUGCGAAAAUGAUAAUUCCACUGUCGGACGCAUGCUUAUCGAGGAUGAUGUUAUUCGAAGCCAAGCGACGUCUUUGAUGUGGAUCUCUUACGGUAUCGUAGUCCCGAUCAUACUGACCAUCGGCGUUUUCGGCAAUGCGGCAAUCCUUAUUGUGCUAUCCGGCCCAGUGUUUCGCGGUAUCGCGUAUCUGUACUUCAGCGGACUCGCGCUGGCACACAUCGGCGUUAUUUUGUCUUGGAUAACAAUCACGCUGAGAUUGGGUUACGGUAUGAGCAAUAAUUAUCCGUCAGCUUUCUACCAUGCUCAUCUUGAACUCGUUUUUCUAAACGCCUUCUCGGCCGCCAGCGUUUUUAUUAUGGUCUGCUUAAUUGUAGAUCGAUAUAUUUUUGUAUUCUUCCCGGCACGCAUUCGCACCGGAAAAACACGCAAGAACGUCAACACUUUCAUACUGUCUUCUUUCAUUGCCGGUUUCAUGAUUAGUGGUCCGCUAUCGGUUAUGAGAACCGUUCAUGCGGAGCAAGAUGCAGGAUCCGGCACUUCUUUUACAUUGCGUGAAAACGUAUUCGUUACGCAAAGUGCGAUAUGGAGAACGUAUAUUUGGAUAAUGGAGAUCAUAGUGCGAAUUUGCCCGUCGAUCGUAUUUAUUGUACUGAAUAGUUUAGUCAUUAAAAGGUUUUUGCAGCUGAAUGCACAAAGCCGACAAUUUCAUGCUGUUUCGGACAAAUUACGGACCAACAAGACGCCUGAUACAUCAUUAUUAUCUCGAAAUCGAGGAUACAAAGAGGAGCAACACUUGGCGAUAUUGACGACAACAAUGAUUCUAUGCUUUUUUCUAACGGCAGUUCCGCCAAGUCUUACGUCUAUAUUGUACACCGAUCAUCACCCAUUAGACUUUCGUUACCAAACGUUCCGAGUGUAUUCGACAAUCGUCGAACUCAGCAAUUAUGCCAUUUAUAUUCUUAUAUAUCUCGUUUGCAGUACGGAAUUUCGAAGGGAGUUGUUGCGAUAUCUACAAGGAAAAUGUAACGAAAAUUCGCCAGACGUUGAUCUGCCGAUAGGCCAGAUCGAGGACUACAGUCGGCAUGGCACUACUAUUCGACUGACACCAGAACACACUAAAUUGAAUUCUCCCGAGUCGCCGACCAAAGAAACUAGAAUGGAGGAAGACGCGCCUUCAUCAGAAGCUUCUGCUUUUAUGUUAGAACAUCGUGUUAUCGUAUAAUUAUACAUUAAUCAAUAUAUUCAUGGAAUCAAAGGCAAUUAAUCAUUUGUAUUUAUUAUGUGUACGUAUUUGUAUUUAAUAAUUAUACCGCUGUAUAUUUUCGAUGCGAAUGGAAUUCUGUGUAUAUUUUAAUUAAUAUAUGGCUUCGAGUUUAUAUGUA